GUCCAAGGAUGAGAAAAGGUGGAGUUAAUCUAUCGCGGGACAGGAAAGGAAGACAGAGAGAGGAUCAGGACAGGCUGCGACAGGGGGGUAGGGAUGAGAGGCAGGGAGCGAAACCACUUGCCAGUGGCAAGGCAAAAGGCGGAGGGAGCUUCGAUCGGUCAAGAUCCAGGAGCACUCGUUGGGGGAGCAGAUGAGGGGCACCCAGCGGUGCAACAAGCCCUGCGACCUGGGUUGCUUCUGGAUAGAAUAUCACAGUUGGUGCUGGGUGGGUAGCUAGUCAGAAGAGCGAGCAAGUGGAAGGGGGAGAAGCUGGUGAGACAGGGACAAAGGGGCAGUGGUGGGUGGGAGAGAGGUGGU